UUCUCGCGAGAACAGCGCGUUGUUAUUGCUACAGAUAGCCUAGCUAGCAGUCCGUCAAGCUACCUGGAUAUACGCAGUCUCUCUGGACCGCGAUGGAGGCGCUCGGAGCCCUAGACGAGGCAAACAGGCCUCACCACCACCCUUUCCUUAUAGGGGUCAGCGGAGGAACCGCCAGCGGGAAGUCAACAGUUUGCGCCAAAAUCAUGGAGCUCCUGGGCCAGAACAAGGUGGACCACCGGCAGAGGCAGGUGGCUAUCAUCAGCCAGGACAGCUUCUACAGAGUCCUGACUACAGAGCAGAAGGCCAAGGCGCUGAAGGGCCAGUACAACUUUGAUCACCCAGAGGCGUUUGACACCGAGUUAAUGUACAAAACCUUGAAGGACAUCGUGGAGGGAAAGGUGGUUGAAGUUCCAACAUAUGACUUUGUGACCCAUUCCAGGUUGGAGGAGAGGAUCACAGUUUACCCAGCAGACGUGGUCCUCUUUGAGGGGAUCCUGGUCUUCUACCCCCAGAAAGUGCGUGAUAUGUUUCACAUGAAGCUAUUUGUGGACACGGAUUCAGACGUCAGACUGUCUCGCAGAGUUCUGCGGGACAUGACCAGAGGGAGAGACCUGGAGCAGAUUCUCACGCAGUACACAACAUUUGUCAAGCCUGCUUUUGAAGAGUUUUGUUUGCCUACAAAGAAGUAUGUAGACGUCAUCAUUCCAAGGGGAGUUGACAAUAUGGUGGCCAUCAACCUCAUCGUACAGCACAUCCAAGACAUACUGAACGGUGACAUCUGCAAGUGGCAGCGUGCGUCCACAUAUGGCCAUGCACGCGGCUUCAAACGGGCCAUUUCUGAGCCGGGCGACCUGCAGAACGGAGCCGCAAAUCCUUCAGGGAAGAGGAUCCUGCUGGAGCCGAGUUGUCGGCCUCAUUAAGACUGUUUGGAUGCGAUGGUGGACCGAUGUGUCGAGACUGUGAAUAGGAGCUUUGCGUUGGGAUCGCUGGGACUGAUUUGUGUGGGAUGAGUCAGUUACUCUGAUGCCGGUCUCACCUUCUGCAUCAGUUUUUUUUCAUGAAGUAUCCACAAUCCCACUGUGCAGACAUUCAGUGCUGCAACCUCUUCAUAAUUUCACUGUAAUUAUCAAUUCAUAAGCUAUAUAAUAGAAUUCUUGUCACAUGUAAAAAGUCUUCCAAGAUAGUGUUUGGCUUUUCAGCUUUGACUGUGGUCAGAUGAGCGGUUACUGAGAUGUAUGGUAAUGUUUUGAAGGUAGGAAGCUUUAUUUAAAUGUUUAAUUUCAGACAAUUUUGCACUUUGAGCUUAUAUUUAUACCUGCUUUUUUUUGUUUCUUUCAGAUUAUAUUUAAAAUAUAAUCGCACUAACCUGUUAUCUUGCUGCUUUCCUCAUUUUGUUUUAAUUUAUUUCAAUCUAAAUCUAGGCCAGGUGGCUGUGUGGUGUAGCGGUGUCACACUUUGAUUGUUAAUUAGUGCUUCCUUUUAAUACACGUCUUCAUUUUUUUUUUAAAGUUAAUUUUCCACUGACGAUUCUGUACUAUAAUAAAUGGAAAAGUGUA